AUGAAAUAUGAUGAAAUUAUUGAAGAUGUUGGCGGUUGUGGAUUAUACCAGAAGUUUAUUCUGACUUUAUUAUACACUUUACCCGUGUUUGAUGGCCUGCAGAUUGGUAGUUUAGUGUUUAUUGCACCAGAAAUACACCAUAGAUGUGCUAUUCCUGGUUUACCAAACGACACCUACGAAGUCCAAGAUACGAACCACGCUGAUCUGAUCAAAGUCUAUAUUCCACAGCACAUGGAAGAUGGCGAGAUACCUGUAGUGUGUUUUCGAGCCGAUUUGAGACUAAUUCUUUCCAAUAUUGAUUUACAAGGCAAACAGCCUUCAACUUAUUACAACAAAUUCUUCAUUAUCUAUCUAUCUAUCUACUUACGACCACAUCACGUUGAAACACCUAUAAGCUGUAAAAGGUUGAUAAGCCAUAAAAUGAAUCUAUCUAUCUAUCUAUGUAUCUAUCUAUCUAUCUAUCUAUCUAUCUAUCUAUCUAUCUAUCUAUCUAUCUAUCUAUCUAUCUCAGUCUCUACUUUAUCUAUUUAUCUAUCUAUCUAUCUAUCUAUCUAUCUAUCUAUCUCAGUCUCUACUUUAUCUAUCUAUCUAUCUAUCUAUCUAUCUAUCUAUCUAUCUAUCUAUCUAUCUAUUUAA